GCAGUGGGGCGCCCAUAAAAACACUAACGAGAGUUUGCAGGCUGAAAGGGCUUAACACGUAUGCGCUCGACAGGGGCCACUCUUUGAACCCAUUACGGGGACUUCAGCUCAUCCUCAACUCCUCUUCCCACCACUCUCGCAAGCAGUCGGGGAAGCGCUAACGGUGGAAACCGGCCAGCGCUGGGCGACCGCCGUUCCGCAACCCGCGAACAGCACCACCCGACCGGAGGACUACAACUCCCAGCAGGCUCCGCGCCUCCCAGCCUUGCAUUCCCAGAAGGCUGCGGGCGGCGAGCUCCGGGGCGGGGCGUUCCCGACAUGCCCCGCGGUGGCCGCCAACCGCCGGAUUUGAAUCGCGGCAGCGCUCGGCGGCCGCGGGAUGGGCGCCCCGUCGUUGCCCCCAGCCUGGCAGCUGUAUCUCAAGGACCACCGCGUCUCUACCUUCAAGAACUGGCCCUUCUUGGAGGGCUGCGCCUGCACUCCGGAGCGGAUGGCGGCGGCCGGCUUCAUCCACUGUCCCACUGAGAACGAGCCCGACUUGGCGCAGUGUUUCUUCUGCUUCAAGGAGCUGGAAGGCUGGGAGCCAGAUGACGACCCCAUAGAGGAACAUAAAAAGCAUUCAUCCGGCUGUGCUUUCCUGUCUGUCAAGAAGCAGUUUGAAGAAUUAACCCUCAGUGAAUUUUUGAAACUGGACAAAGAAAGAGCCAAGAACAAAAUUGCAAAGGAAACCAACAAUAAGCAGAAAGAAUUUGAAGAAACUGCAAAGAAAGUUCGCUAUGCCAUUGAGCAGCUGGCUGCCUUGGAGUGACGCCUCCGCAUAUUUGCGGGUCCCACAGUGGGACCUCACUUCAAGCACCUUCCCCGGUGUUACUGACUUUUCUGUGGGGCCCCUUAGCGGUGCCUUAGGGAAGGAGGACGUCAGCAUUUUGAAAUUAGAAUAUUUAACCUGUAGUGUCGUUGUUUCUUGAAAGUGUUCCCAGGGGCUCCUUCGUUGUACAGCUGGUGCUGCUGAGUCCAGUGACGGAGUCUCUCUUUUUUCUUGGCUAGUUUUUGCUCUAUUGACGUGUCUGGGCUUCACGUUGGCUUGUGGCUGUCGAGCCCGAGAUUCAAUUCGUGAAUGUGAUCCUAGGUCCAUUGUGACUGGGCAAAGAAUUAAGGAUACCAUUUUAAAUUUUAUUUGUGUAAUAAUCUAAGUUUAUAGUGUGCAUUUCUGUGUUCCAAAUACUCUGUAUUAGCUCGCUUUGACAUCUGCACGUCUGUGACCAUCCUUGCACCCGUCGGGUCUGGCAUUACAACAGCCUCCCUUUGCUCCAAAGUGGAUCGUCUGAAAUCACCUCCCUGCCGAGCCUCUGGCAGUGCUGUGUGUGUGCAGGCGGCCCCUUGCCUGUCCUGGCGUUUUGUAACCUUCGAGCUCUCAGACGGAGAACUACUGGGAUGAAACCGCAGGCUCUGCCGCGGGCCUGGCGUGGGGUGAGCUCCUGCCAUGACUGGAGCGUGAGUGGCGGGGUGGCGCAGAGCAGGGCUUAUGUCUCGAGCUGAUGUCUUGCUUUGAGGUCGGUUGAAGAUACUUCUUUACCCACUGGGCACAUGGCAAGGUUGCCACAUUUCUCUAAAACAGAUGAGGAAAGGGUCCUCAAUACCAGACAAGGCAUUUUCCAGAGGUCCGGCUCACUGCUGCAUCCUCUCCUGAGUCAGAAGGGUCCCCAGUCAGAGCGGCUUCUUCCUGGGGAGCCCGCUCUGGGGGAGCUGUCAUUCACAGAUGUGGCGGGCACGAGUGGCAUGGGAAACACCUGUGAGCAGCUCCUGGUCUUAAUAUUGUCAGUGCUCUGCCGACAGCUAUUUCCCGUUAUUGAUGUGGCCUAGGUGGCUGGUAAUUCACCUGUCUUUCUAAUGUGACUCUCCUAAAGGAGGGCAAUGGAAUAAAUUCAUUUAAAAAGUG